AUGGUCAAAUCAUAUGAGGACUGUGUCAUCACUGACCGGGGUGGUGUUCUUGAGAACUCCCACCUCGUCCAUGCCGCAGUAGUUGAUGAGACCGGCAAGCUUUUAUUCUACGUCGGCAAUCCCUCACGGGUGACUCUCAUCCGAUCAGCUGCCAAACCGGCCCAAGCUCUAGCCAUUGCUGAAACUGGCGCACUUGAAAAAUAUGGUUUUGAGGCAGCAGAUUUGGCUCUGAUGUGCGCUUCGCAUAACAGCGAGCCGAAGCAUCUCGAACGAGCCCUCGCCAUGCUUGCCAAGAUUCCUGCAGAAGAAACAGAUCUACGCUGCGGAGGCCACCCUUCUAUUUCUCCUUCGGUCAAUCAGGAUUGGAUCAGAGCCGGCUUCAGUCCCACACGCAUUUGCAACAACUGCUCUGGCAAGCACAUCGGGAUGAUCGCAGGUGCAAAGGUAAUCGGCGCCUCGGUAGUUGACUACCACGAGAUGAGCCAUCCCAUCCAGCAACGAGUCAAGGCGGUUGUAGAGGAGCUUUCCGGCUUGGGCAGUGAAAGCAUCCAGUGGGGAAUUGAUGGCUGCAAUAUGCCUGCUCCUGCAUUGCCGCUCAAAGAUCUUGCCGUGAUCUAUGCGUCCUUCGCAACUGCCGCCGGCGAGGCCGCUACAGGAAACCCGGAAUCAACCAGAAUCGAAUUGUGUGCGCGUAUAUUCAAUGCUAUGACAAAGCAUGCGGACCAAGUGGCAGGAGAGGGACGGUUUUGCACCUCCUUCAUGAAGUUAUUUGGGGGCCAGGCCUUUGGCAAGGUCGGUGCAGAUGGGUGCUACGGAAUCGGCAUCAGGUCAUCCGCAAGUACCACGCGCCUGGGAGCAAAGGGAACUGUGGGAAUCGCGGUAAAGAUAGGAGACGGCAACCUUGACAUCCUAUAUGCGGCUGUGGUUGAGAUUCUCGAACGACUCCAAAUCGGAACGCCCGAGAUGAUAAAGCAGCUCGAUGAAUUCCAUCAUAAAAAGCUGCAAAAUAGCAUGGGAGUAGUCACUGGAAAGAUAGCCUUCCCCUUCCAAUUACACAAAUGCGAAUAA